CUUAAUCAAAUCCACAUCAAAGAAACUGAAGCUUUUACCCAUCAAGUUGUAACAACGUUACCUAAGGAUCUAGGAAGCUUUAAUUCUUACUGAUCAAGGCCCUUCUGUGGAACUGUGGUCUGCAAGUUAUAGUGGGGGGUAGGAGCUAGCGUAGGCAACAUGUCUAAGACUAAGAAAAGGCCGAUUAUUCGGUCAGAUAGUGAAGACUCGGAUGGGAGUGAAAAUGUGGACCAGGAAGCACUUUCUCUGACCACGACAGCUGUCAAACGGCCCAAACUGUCCUCCCCAGCUGCCCAGUCCAGCGGGUCCGACUCAAGCUCUGAGUCUGGGAGCGACAAUGAGUGGACUGUGGAUGGUAAGAGUAAAGGCAAGAAAGGACGAGUGCCUCUGAUCAAUAGGGGGCGUGGCAUUGGUCGUAAGAUGAUCAUGGGUCACAAACCGUCAAGUGAGUCGAGCGAUGAUGAGGAGGAUGGGGACAGUGAAGAGGAGAUGCCAAAGCCGAUGGUUGCUAGUGGCUUCUCCAGUAGUGGUCCUGGUCAGAGCUCGAGCUCGGACAGUGACAGUUCCUCAGCGGACUCCCUACAGUUUGACGAUGGUCUCGACGAUGAGUUGAUUGGGGACGAGGAUGAUCGGAGUAAACUGGACCAAAUGACUGAGGCGGAGAGGGAGCAGGAGGUCUUCAAAAGGUUUGAGAAGCGGCAAGCUCUCAAAACUCGGUUUGAGAUUGAGCAGAGGCUGCGUAAAGAAAAGAAGGCUGAAAAGAGGCGCUCCAAAGCGAAAGGGAAGCAGAGAAGACCCACUAGGGACACUCGAGUGAGGCAACAGGACAAGAGCAAGUCUAAAGCCAUCGACGAGCUCAAAGCAAAGAGAUCUGCAGACAAAAUGCGUAAGGCAGAGGCCGAGAAAGAAGAACAGUCAUUCAAGCCUCUCAACGCUGCUGACAUAUUCUCCAGUGACGAGGAGUCCUCCAGUGGCACUGAGAGCUCCAGUUCCAACGCUGACUCAGAGGACGAUGUAGGGGGAAAGUCCCUUUCUGCCCUUCGUCGAGAUGGGAGCAAGAGCAUCACCACUCUGGCGCAGCUCAACAAGAUCAAGCUGUCCAGAUAUCGACUUGAGAAGUGGGUCCACAUGCCAUUUUUUAAGGACACAGCCAUUGGUUGCUAUGUGCGGAUCGGCAUUGGCGCUCACGAUGGAAAAAUGGUGUAUCGGGUAUGCAGGAUUGUGAAUAUUCAGGAAGGACCUAAAGUGUACUCUCUGGGUUCCACAAAGACGAACAAAACCCUUCGAUUAAAACAUGCUACUCAAGAGCGGCAGUUCAGAAUGGAGUACGUUUCUAACAGUCAGUUCUCGGACACAGAGUUCACUAAGUGGCUACAAGAGUUGGAGUCCCAAGGCAUGAAAGCUCCUUCUCUGGAAAUGGUCAGCAAGAAAACAAAACAAAUCGAAGCAGCCAAAAAUUUCUCCAUGAAUGAUAAAGAUAUUGAGACGAUUGUCAAAGAGAAGGAGAAAUUCAGAAAGAAUCCAAGGAACUAUGCCAUGACCAAGAACAGACUCAUCAGAGAAAAGGAACUGGCUGAGGUAGAGGGUGACCAGGAUCGAGUGGGUGUGCUCUCUACGAAGAUUGAGGAGAAUGAGGAAAGGGCAGAAGAGUUGGACAAACAGCGAAACAAGGGACUCUCGGCCAUCAGUUACAUCAACGAGCGUAACAGGCAGAGGAACGUCACCAGAUCAGAACAGGCACUCAAGGAAGAAAUGGCUGCAGCUGAUAAAGAUGUCAAUGACCCUUUCACUAGGAGAAAGUGUCAGCCUACACUAGUGACAUUGACCUUCAGGGAGGGAGGAGUGAGUGGAAAUGCAGAGGAACAGUUACAACAGCUCUCUCAAGAUAAGAAUCAGGAGAAGGACCCAGCGAAGUCAACAGAGAAAGAGACAGCUUCAGAUCUUGUUGGUACAGCUUCUAAUGGACAGCCGUCCACGAGUGCCGUCACUGUUCCUACGCCCACCAGUAACGUGGAGGAUCUCUUCUCUGCACACGACUUCGACAUACAGAUUGACCUACCCACUGGACCAGAAGUUCCUUCAACCAUACGAUCAGUCCCCAAGUCCGUCCCGACAGAAAAAGGUAGCCAUGGCGACGGACCCAAACGUUCCCUUAACCUCUCAGACUAUAAGAAACGGAGAGGACUCAUAUGAUCCAUCACAUGACUCUCUCAAAACUAAUGUGUUUUGGUGUAUUUGUCUCUCUUUUUGCAUUAUAGAUUUUCAGCUUGUGCACUAACUGUUUAUUAUAAUAAUAAUUAUAACAGCCGUUCAGAUUAAAUAACAACUAUAUAAUUGUUGUUACCAGGCAA